CAAGCCGAACAAGAAAUGUCUAUUGUGAAAAAAUACAAGAAGGAUUGUAGGAUAUCGAUGGAGCUCCUGGACACGGAGAAUCAGGACUCUGGCGAGGGUAAUUCGCGGGAGCGAGAACGAGAAACGGUGGCGACAAUGGAGAAUUGGUCGCUCUAUGUCGAGAGAUACUCGACGACAGUGGCGCCACCGGGCCAGGCUAGUCCGAAUCACUCUCAGUCAUUGCCAGAGCGUCCCGAGCCUGCCACAAAUCAUCCUGUGAGUAGCGACCAGGCGGCAAGGGGGGGGCGGGGCAGAAAGCGCAAGAACACCAACACCACUGACAUUAAACAGAAGAUCGACGGAAAUGAAAUUUGGCAGAGUGUACGCAUUAUGGCGAAACGCAAGCCAACAAUACUCCCUCGCAAUAUUCGACAUUAUCAAACUUACGCUGCUAGGAUCAAUAAAGCUGCCCAGGAACGAAAAGCAAACUUAGCGGAGGAGAAAAAGCCAUUUGAUUCUGAAGACGCAGCUGAUGGGUCCGAAAUUAUUUCUUCCCACGAGAUGGAAUGUCAAUUAGUUCCCCUCGAUUAUCGCUUAUUCUUUAUAAUGAACGAGGGCGAAUUUUAUUACAGGUACAAGGCUUUAGCGCGAUCAUUGGAGUCUCAUCCACUAGUGACAAAGAGCAAGAAUGCAAAAUUCCACCAGUGGUUCGCGAGUUGGACACGUGAAAAUGUGAGCGAAGAGCAGCACAAAAUUUGUCAGGAUUGGUUGAUGGGACGUUAUGAGAAUCUGAUUCCGCACAGGACGCGAGUCGUGACCGACAACAAUCAAACGCGAACCCCCUAUCGCCAAUACAAUCGAUAUCGUGUCGAUUAUUUGCAAUAGGGUGACACCACUUUUGGCAACGAUCUCUUUCUUAUUCGUGAAUACUCUCUCAAAGUCACAGCACAGCAAGUGCGCCAGAACUUUUUCUGAGAGGGAGGUAGAGAGAGAGAAAGAGAGAGAGAGAUCCAAAGCGAAAUUCUCAAAUGUAAAAUAUCACUAUAAUUUUUUUUUAUUUGUUUUUUUUUUCUGUUUUCCUUUUGAACCAAUAUUUUGGUCAAACAAGAGACAUCACGAACUAACUUGUAGAGAAAUAGUGUCGAUCCUUUCCUUUGUAGAGGAACCUGCAGUGUAAAUUCCAGAGAGAAAACAAAAAAUGCAAAAGCAAGAUGGUUGUGAUUCGAAUACCUAACAAAGAAAAAAGAAAAAAAAAAUUCAACGAAGCGCCUGUUUUUUUUUCUCGUAUUUAACUAGGCAAAAAAUAUG